AUGAUUAAAGUGGAAAGCGAUGUGACUCCAAAUUUUUAACCUUAAAAAAGCAUUUUAAAGUAGAUGGAAGAGACUAUGUAAAUUAUACAAAGACCUAAACCUCUUUAAGCUCCUUUAAUUUAAUAAGAGGAAUUUUCAUAAUAAUCAAUGUUACUAAAAGAAAUUGAUUUUUUUUGUUAAAAGUUAACUACUGUAAAAAAAACAAAACCUAAAAUUGAUGAUGUAUCUACUAAAUAAUUCACAUGUUCAACACCAGAAAUUUAUAAAUUAUAAAUGUUAAAUGAACCAGAUGAUGAUAAUGAAGAAUAAUAACAUUAAGUUAAAUUUGCAGAUGAAUAAUAGAAAGAUUAAGAAAAAAUUAGAACGAUUCCUAAUGAAUCUAUGUUUUAAAAAAGAACAGGUAUUGUGAAAUAAAUAUAACCAAAAUUAAUAAUAAAAAAAUUAGAAUUUGAAUUAGAAAAUCCACCUACUUGGAUUCCAGUGAAAAUUGAAAAAUAAUUAGAAUUAGAGUUGAAAUUGAAUUUAAAUAUAUGCAUAUUUUGGCCUGAGGAAGAAUUAGCUAAUUUAAGAACAUAAAAUAUUAAUAUCUUAUCUUUAAUAGAGAGUAUGAAAAAUAUAAAUUAUUUUAAUCACUCAAUAAAAUAAAAGAAUAAUACUAAUUUUCAAGAAUUUACAAUUCUAAGCAUUUAACUCUUAUAAUAAUUAAAAAUCUAUAGUAUUACAUUAUGUUUGAAUUAUAUUCAUCCUAUUAGAGAACUUUGUAUAAGAUUAAAUGACAUAAAAAAAGAAUUAUUGAGUGAAGCUCUUUAUGAAAGAAAGAAAAGUAUGUUAUUAUUAGAGUAAAAACGAAUAAUCAAAAAAAUGUUCUUAAGAUAUUUAUUUUUAAGAGUUAAAUACAAAGGGGCAAUAAAUAAAAUAAUAAAUGAUGUUCAAUAGAUAAGGCGAAUGAUUAACUAAAAAAAAUAUUUCUAAAAGCUAUACAUAUAUUCUUAAAGGAAUAAAUAAAAAAAUGAAUUUUAUGAAUUGGUUAGCGAUCAUAUGAGAGUAAGAACAUUAAAUACAAUAUUUCAAAAUUGGAGGAUUUUACAAUAAUGUUUAGUUCGAUAAAGAAAUGGUACAAAAUUGAUAAAAUAAAUUAUAAUUAAAUAAUCUUUAGGAUAAUGGAAAUAGAUAACUAAAUAGAUCAUUUAAUAAUAAGCAAUCUAAUUAUAAUUAGAGAGAGAAUAAAGACAAAAUAUAUAAAAUAUUUAAAAUGCUGAAAAUUUAAAAGAGGAUAAGGAUGAUGAUGAUAAUUAAGUAUUAUCAUAAUUUUUAACAGAUGAAAAACCUAAACAUAUAUAUGAUGGGCCUAAUUGUCUAAAUGAUUUAUAUACAAUUUAUGAAAGAGAAACUUAGGCAAAGAAAAUUAAAGUCAUAAUCUUUGAACUUAAAGAAGACUUAAAAUUAUGUCCAAAUUUGAUGUAAAAAGUAUUUAUUAAAUGGAAAGUAGCAUUUCUAUAAAGACAUAGAUAAAAAGAAUUUAUAUAAAUUAUGCAAUUAAAAAAAAUGUAAAAGAUUUUUUAAUUUUGGAGAAGUGAUAAAGAAUAUCAUCCAUUUUAUCAGUUUAUAUUAAAAAGGAAAGGACUUGAGGGAUUUAGAUAUAAUUAAUUAACAAAUAAAUAAUAAAAGCUAUAAGAAUAAUUAAAGAUAAUAACUUUAAAAUAAUAAAGGCAAUAAAUAGAAGAUAUGGCAAUAGAAGUUUACAAUAAAAAUGUUCAGAAAAAAGCAUUUUUUGCAUGGAAACAUUUAGUGAAUAAUGAUAAUUUACAAAUAUUAUGGAAAUCUCUUUCAGAUUAAAAAUUGAAGCAAGAUUUUGAAAUAGUGUAACUUAAAUAUGAUAUUAUUUAAAAGAAAAGAAAAAUUAAAUAUUUUAAAAAAUGGGUUGUAAAUUUUAUAAAAAGUAGAAGAUCUAUAAAAAAUCUAUAACAAUGUGAAGUGACUGCAAAAGAAAAAGCAAUUGAAAGUUUAAUAAGAAUUGCAUUCGAAACAUCAAUGAAAACAUAGUUUAAAUGGCUAGAAUACUAUAAAGAUAAUUGA